UGCUGUAAACAGUACGUUGGCGGUUCACACCAGUUCAGAAAUUACCAAGGCAUCCAGUCUCCCAGCAAGUGCCAAGAGGCAUUCAUUCAAUGCUCCGCUGACACCAAUUUGCCCAAAGUUCACACAGCAAGAAGCCAAGGACCCACCGAGGCUAUCACUUGGAAGAGGUCAUUGUUGUUGCAUCCAGCAUCCCAGCCUGACUGCCUAGACAGGUCCCGCAGGUUGCUGAAUGGCAGAGGUGCAGGCUGCUCCACAGCAAGAUCAGCGUUCGACCGUUUCUCUAGGGGCAAGCGACACCUCCUGGUGGGGGACUUCAAAUCUGCUGUCGCUGCCUUCGAGGUGUGUCUGUUGCUUAGGAGGCAACAGAGUCCCUGGUGGAGCUGUGUGGGGAGCAGGCGCCCGAGUGUGGUGACGCGUACUGCCGCUGUGGCCGUGCAUUGCUGGAGCUGGCACGCAAGGAGGCAGGGGUGCUGGGGCCAGAUCUGGAUGGUGCCAGUAGUCAGGAGGGAAGCACAGGGGAAGAGGAGGACGAGGAGGAAGAGAGUUAAGAGUCACAAGAGGAGGAGGAAGGUGGAAAGAAAGAGGAAGGAGAGGAGGAGGAGGAGGAGGAGGAAGAUGGAGAAGGAAAGGAGAAAGAUAAGAAGGAAGGAAAUGCCGCAGAAGGAGAAGAUAGAAAUCAAAAACGUCACAAGACAGAAUAGUGAGCUGCAUGCACUUAUCACAGAGUAUAAAGUCACUCCCUCAGAGGAAAAAGACAAGGAUGGCAUGUCUUCAUGUGAGAACUCAGAAGCUAAAUGUACAGAUACCAAGGGGAAAUUGCUGGGUCAAGUGGCUACACUGACAUCUGAGGUUAGCAGGUUGGAGAGUGAGUGCAGCAGUCUUCAGGUUCAGCUAGACUGUGAGAGGGAUAAGUAUAACAAACUGCUGGGAGAAUCUCUUGCUCAUGAAAAGUUGUCUGAAGAUGUCAUAACUGAACCAAAAGGAGAAACAACAGGAUUGGGAGGAACUGAGCUUUAACAGAAGCUGCAACAACUGCAGGAGGCUCACAGGGUCCUGGAGAGCAGGUUAACUUGCAGCAUGAAGGAGGUGGCUGAGCUGAGUGACAGGAAGUAGCAGCUUGAGCAUGCUGUAGUGCAUGAGGAGACAGAGUCCAUCGGUGACUACAUCACCAUCUACCAGUUGCAGCGAGGAGUGAUGAAGCAACAAGCUCGAGAACGCGAGUUAGACCUUGCCAGCCUCCAUCAUGAAUGAGAGGAAAUGAAGCAAAACCACUCUGCAGGAUUUGAUAUCAAAGCUGGUGCAGGAAAAGGAAGCAGAUCAUGACCUUCAGCAGCUCGAGAAGAUAAGCAGCGUCCUUAUAUAUAUGUUAUAUAAAUAUGUUCCUUUCACUAUAAUAUAUUAUAUGUAUUAAAAACUGCAUGGAAUACUACUGUAUUCCAUGCACUUUGUAUUCCAUGUAUUCCAGCCACUCAGUCUCCUACUGAGUGGCUGGGGUUUUCCAAAAGUGAGGGUUGGUGUUCUAUACCAUACCAUGUGCCCUGUUUGUAUUCCUUCUCUAUCCUCUGUAUUAUAUUCUAUGUAAAGAUGGUGCUGGGGUGGGAUCUACUUCUUAUUCCCUAAAAGUGAUGAGGAGUGACACUGGGCAGCAUUAAUUUGCUCCUUAGAGAUGGCUGGGUUCCUGUGGAUGAGUGGGCCAUGCUGUGCUUUGUCAAGGAUGGUGUUUGGUAUUGUGAUGACUCUUGCCACAAUCAAGUGUCUCCCACAGAGUAGUGGAGUACCUAUGUAUGGUGUUGACCCAAGCUGUCCAGGUCUCAUCCAAUGCCUUAAUAUGAUUUAGAUGAUCAAAAUGGUUUAACUCACCAUUUAAUCAGCUGACUGAUUUGAAUGGAGAAGUAUGUAAUGUGUUGUAGCCUAACCAUCCCUGCCAGCAUGGUCAGACUCUUGGUAGUAACCUGAAAUGCUCCUAGGUAGUGAGUAUCAUUGCACAUAAUGAUCUUUACUUUGUCAGUAAUUCAAUGAUACUGAAUAUUACUCUACUGGAUUUUGCUCAGCACUGCUUGGUAACUUUUGGCCAUAAUCCCAGGUCUGGAAUGAUAUGAAGCCAUGUUUUUACAUUCCAUAUGAGACAGGCAAGCACUAUGCUUUGCCUGACUGAUACCUGUACUUUGCAUUUAUGACCCCAGGUAGUUCAUCACUCUCUCUCUCUCUCUCUCUCUCUCUCUCUCUCUCUCUCUCUCUCUCUCUCUCUCUCUCUCUCUCUCUCUCUCUCUCUCUCUCUCUCUCUCUCUCUCUCUCUCUCUCUCUCUGUUUGGAAUUAUACUGUAUAUUAGGAAAUAUCAUUAAAGAGUGUGUGUGUAAAAAGUGUUUGCAUUAUUGUGCAUUUGAUGUUGGUUUCAUGAUUUAUAAAGAUUGCUAUUUUUAAUAAAGUUAUUGAAAUUGUUA